CUAAAAGCAUGACAGGCCCAGGAAUGAUCUUCGACCCUCUGUGGUCCCUACAUCUCAAACCAACUAUAACUAUUUGAUUGAUUUCUCAAUACUGCACCUUUCAACAGCCAAAGAUCCCACAAUGCCUCCCAAAAUUCCUGAACACCUCUAUCACGUCCUCUUAACCAUCACUCGUCUCAACAAGAACCCCAACAAUCUCGUCGAAAUCCUCCGUAUUCCUGGAACUUACACCAGUCUACUCGCCGCCAAAGCCGCGGCGCACAGCUGUCUCUACGACGCCGGCUACGAGCGUGACUUCUUUCCAACCUAUGAAACCAGCGCCCACAUUUUCGAACAAGAGAACCUGCCCGAUCGCACAGGACUCGCCAUUUACGCCGUUGCGCCAGACGGCACCACCUUCCGCGUCCGCAUCGAUACCACACAAAACAAGCUCCAGCUCACCACCGAUCUCGACGAUGGCCGCAUCUCUAUCCCGCUAUUUUACGUCGUGCAGGCAAAUGUAGAAUAUGAUGCCAUCGAGGGGGAAAGCACAGUGCGGGAGGUGAUAGUGCAGGGCACAUUUACGGAUUACAUGCAAGCAAGGGAGUACGCGAAGGGAGUCUUGUUGUCGGAGAAAGAUGGCAUUCUGAAGGGCAGUUAUGCGGCGUAUGUGGAGGCCGGAGAGGGGGAACGGGAUUGUGGAUUUGGUGAAAAUGUGGUAGUGCAUGCGGCGUCAGACUAUGGGGUGAACUAUCUGGUCAGUGUAAUCCGAAAUCAAGAACUGGGCAGUGUGAGUUUGGCGGAGGCGGCGAUGAGGAUUGGUUGAUUUGACGUUGUGUUCGGCGCUGUACCUC